AUGCCAGCUAUAUCCUUCCUCCCGUUCCUACAAAACGUCCCCUCCUCCACCCGCCUCCUCACCGCCCUCCUCAUCCUCUUCUCACUAGCAGGAUUCGGCCUGCAAAACCUCGCCAAUGAGAAUCUGCCCAAGCCUGGGCCGGCGGGGUUGGAGCUGCCGUGGUUGGUGCUCGUACCGGGCAAGAGUUUGAUUUUCCCAUGGACGGUAUUGACGGCGGGGCUGGUGGAGCUGAGUGUGUUUGAGCUCAUCUUCUCAAUAAUCACCCUCGUCCUCGCCACGCGCUACCUCGAUCGGAUAUGGGGAUUCCUCGAGGUCCUCCGGUUCUCGGCGGUGGUGAUUGUCGGCUCGAACGUGAUUGCGUUUGGGUUUAGCUGGAUCGUUUGGUUUGUGACGGGGUCGGAGGAGGCUUUAUACGGUCUCCCCUACCACGGUCUCUCCGGCCUCCAAGUCGGCUUCCUCGUAGCCUUCACCCAGCUCAUCCCGGAACAUCAGAUCCAGCUCCUCGGGGCUUUACGAAUAAAGGUCAAGGCCCUCCCCGGGAUCUACCUCCUCAUCUCCAACGUCCUCAUCUUUGUACUCGGUUCCUCCCCCUACAUGCUCGUCCAAUUCGGCUUUUUCGUCGCUUGGGCAUACCUCCGGUUCUUCAAAUUGUCGGAAGAUGGACUGAGGGGGGAUCGGUCCGAGACGUUUGCAUUUCAGUAUUGGUUCCCUGGACCUGUUCGACCAUAUAUCGCCAAAGCUGGAAACCUCGUCUUCAAGCUCGCCGUCAAGGUCAAGCUCGUACAAGCAUGGGACGAUCCCGUCCAGUAUAGCGCUCUUCCAGGACCUGGCGGGGCGCGCGCCGAAGCUGAACGACGACGGGCAAUGGCGCUCAAAGCCCUGGAUGCUAGAAUAGCAAGUACAGCCCCCGCCCCGCCCGCUGCUGUACAUACCGCCGGGCCCCUCGCUGCUUCUUCGUCGUCGUCCUCGUCCGGCGUACCUGCGUCUGGUCUGGGCGCUGGUGUAGGAGCAGGAGCAGGAGCAGGAGUCGGAGCAGGAGAUGAGAGUGUGGUAGGUGGGUCAACGACGGCGCCGCCCCCGUUAAAGACGGCUGUGAGCUCGAGAAGUGUCGGCGGGGACAAGCCGGAGAAGGUCAAGGAUUAG